CCUCCCCUCUCUCUUUACCUCUGAGUAUAUAUGCUCUGCACUGACUUUGGCGCAUGACAAUACUGCAUCCAAAUCUUUAUGAACUUGGUUUUCUUUUUGAGAAAUAAAAGAAAUGGAGAAGAGCCUCUACGACUUUUACUGUUCAGCCACUUACUCAGACGAGUCAACAAUGGCUCCAUUUGCGCCGUCUAACAAGCCUGUCUUUGGGAAGGAAGAGGAUGUUUCAAAAGUACUUCGUGCUAAAGUUGCUUCCCAUCCUCUAUUUCCUCACCUCCUUCAUGCCUACAUGGAUUGCCACAAGGUGGGAGCGCCGCAAGAUGUGGCACACCUAUUAGAAGGAAUCAAAGGAGAGCAUACAUCUGGGGUGUGUCAGAUAUCUGAAUCUGAAGGCUUCUUGGGUACGGAUCCCGAGCUUGAUGAUUUCAUGGGAACGUUUUGCGAUUUAUUGGUGAAGUACAAAUCAGAUCUUUUAAAGCCCUUUAACGAGGCAACAAUGUUCCUCAACCUCAUGGAAACUCAGCUUCACUCCAUCUGUAACAACACUCCUCCUCAACCUGAUGAAGUUACUCAUGGAUCACCUGGAAAAGAUCUUAGUAGGGUGAAGAAAGAGGCAAUUGAGGGCAAGAGGAUGGAAGUUCAAGAGCUGAAGGAUAACCUUCUACGUAGAUAUAGCGGUUAUAUUACUAAUCUGAGGCAUGAAUUUUCCAAAAAGAAGAAGAAAGAAAAACUACCAAAAGAAGCAAAGCAAAUCUUACUUUCAUGGUGGAAUGUUCACUUUAAAUGGCCAUACCCAACGGAUGCGGAUAAGGUUGCCUUAGCUGAAUGGACUGGUUUAGACCAAAAGCAAGUAAAUAAUUGGUUUAUAAACCAAAGGAAGCGCCAUUGGAAACCAACAGAGGAAAUGCACGCUGAAAUUUUGGAUGGUCUCUAUGGAUCCCUGGACGAGUGAGAAUGACAAGGGUGUGGGAGCUCCUCCUUCAUUAAUUUUUCUUUGUGCAACAUAAAAUUAGUGAUGAUUGAUCACAAUAAGUUAAGAGUUUUAUGCUCAUGAACCACUUCUGCUUUAUUUUGCUUUAUGAAUAUUGUCAUGUGGAUUAUAUUGCAGGAUACUUGUAAAUAAAGAUUAUAUAAAAAUAAAUUAAAAGCAUUGAAGGAAA